CCCUGAGCAGUUUCUCUCUCAGACAAGCAGUUUAAAUUACACUUGGGGGCAAGUUGAGGAGAACAACCAGCCAAUAGCUUAUGCUCUGAGCUGAAGAAAGUGAAACUUCCCCAGGACUAUUGUUCCCUUUUGCUUUAUAGCAGUGACAACCUCACAUCCAGCUGUACCACUCAAAGAAGUCCCUUUGUCCCAUCUGGCUUGAAUCCUUCCAGUAUCCAGUGAUCAAAGACUAUGGCCACAAGUUCUACUGGGCCUGCCGUGAGGAAAGUGAGGCUUCACAAAUGUCUUGUGUCCUCAGCGUAGGCAGAUCUUCUAGCUCGGGCGCUUCAAGGACUGUCAAGCACUUACAGUCAUAGGAAUCAGUGGAACCCCUCACCAGAGAAAUUUCCAAAAAUUACCUGAAGACACUGAAACCACAUUUUGGAAGCAAAGGAGUUCCCCCUGCAUGGAAGAAACUGAAAACCCUUUGGAGAUGGUGAAGAAAAAGAGGGAUACUGUUUGGGAACUUGAAGUCAGAGGAGUAAGGAAGAGCCAGGAACUACUGGUAGGAAGAGGGCAUUCCUCAGCUGGUUUUCUCAGACAUUCAUCCUUAGUACAAUAGCAUGAUGAUACUAAGCCCCCUAUGCCAACUCCCAAGUUCCCUGACCUGGACAAGAGAAUCAAGAUUUUCUCCCAGAAACAUCUGUCUCUCAGCCAUUGCUUACAACAGUUCAAAGAAAAUCUACCAUCUUUUCUGAUGGAAAUAAGAGAUUCUAUGACUUUGGAUCCAGAAACUGCCAAUGCUUUUCUUAUGGUGACAGAGGAUCACCAGCAUGUGAAAAACAUAGGGACCAAACAGGAUGUGUCCAGAAACCCAAAGAGAUUUUCCUAUUUUUCCUGUGUCCUGGGGUCUCAAGGUUUCAACUCAGGCAGGCACUUCUGGGAUACAGAGGUUACUCAUGGAGGUUACUGGGGACUGGGAGUUGUCAAAGAAUCAGUGAAUAGGAAACAGUGGUUUAAGCUAAGACCUGAAGAAGGAAUCUGGGCUAUCGGGCUGUACCAAAAUCAGUACCAAGCUCUUACCUCACCCUGCACUAGUAUUGUGUUGAAAGAGAAACCCAAGAAGAUCAGACUUGUCUUGGAUUAUGAAGAGGGCUUGGUAUCAUUCUACGAUACUGACACUAUGAGUCACAUGUUCACUUUUUCUGCUACUUUCACUGAGAAACUCUUCCCCUUUUUCUGGAUGCCCUCAAAAGGGUCUUACAUAACACUCUGUCCCAGUAGGGAGUCAUGCUUCUCCUGAACAUCUCUUCCUCUCUGAGAGAUUUACAACACUGACAAAUACCUAGGAGCUACUGUCAUUACCAUCUUCAUGACUGCAUGACGGAAUUCAGAUUUCUUUUCCUCGUUUGGGGUUUAAGUGUUAUGUAAAUGAAACUCACCAACCAUGAACACUUAGAGCCUUUUCCUGUUUUAAUGUGUUCGUAGCCGAGUGAUAUUUUCUAACUCUUGACUAUUUUCUUCCACUUUUACCUUCAUCCAUCCAACUUCGUUCACAAUUCACUUUCCUCUCAUCAAACAAAACCCACCUCCCCAAAAGUCCCCCACUGUGAGAAACCUCCUCCAAACAAGUGAAAAUCUCUGA